AAUUCUGGUGUUUACAUUCCGCCAGUCUGCUUUUGCAAUGCAAUUAGAUAAGUUUGCAGUUUUGCACGCUUUGCAAGCUCAUAUGCUAUUUUAGCAGGUUGGCAUUUGUGCUCAUAAUUUUGCUGAUUAUCUGCUUUAUAAAGAGGGCAAGAUCCCAGCUUGAUUCCUUGAAACCCAGGCGCAUUUAAGUUAAAGAAUAUGACCUUCCUAAUCCCACAGUGUAUAUAAAUACCUAAUCCUAUAUUACGCAAAAGUUUCAGGAUGGCCUCUGGAGAAAGAGUCUACUUGAGAAGUACUCUCAGCAGAGCUCUUUAUGAUAGAAUCAAAAGGGAUGAGGAGCUGAAGACAUUUGAUAAAAGCCAGUGGUACCGAGUAGACAUGACUCAGGUGAACCCAGAGCACUCUGCACUGUUCCUGCCGCUGUCGGCUGACUCCCAAACGGAGGAGUUUCUGGCGCAAUGUCACGAGAAGUCCGACUGGCUCUUCACACAGCUGUGGCACACGCUGGUCAAGUCCAUCCUCACGCUCUUUAUGACCCAAACUUCAGUGAACGGCCUGCUGCGGCGCGGCUCCAUGUUCGUAUUCUCCCGGGAGCAGUUUGUGCGCCUGCUGGGUGUCUCCAGCUCGUGGCGCGCCGACCGACUGCUGGACCUGGGCGCUGGAGACGGCCGGGUCACAGAGGUCAUGGCCGGUCACUUUGGCCGGGUCAGCGCCACUGAGGUGUCCGGCACCAUGCAGAGCAUACUCAGAGACAAAGGAUACAGUGUGCUGGACGUGGCCACGUGGCACGAGUCGGAGACGCUCUACGACGUCGUCACGUGUCUGAACGUGCUGGACCGGUGUGACCGUCCGCUGACGCUGCUGCGGCAAAUGCGGCGCGUGCUCCGACCGGACGGCCUGCUGGUGGUGGCCCUCGUGCUGCCACUGUCACCCUACGUCGAACACGGCGAGAACCGGAACCACCGUCCGGUGGAGGAGAUGUCGCCAGGUGGCAGCACCUUCUCCGGUCAGAUCUCGGGCGUCAUAGACACCGUGUUCCGACCGGCGGGACUGGAGGUGGUGCGGUGGUCGCGGCUGCCGUACCUCUGCGAGGGGGACCUGGAGCAGGCCUUCUACUGGCUCAGUGACGCCGUGUUCGUGCUGAGGCCAGUCUCCGACGGCGCAGAGGAGGCUCCGACCGGCUCGUGUCCGGAGGAGGGGGGUUCUGAGGGGGGCUGCAGCUAGCCAAGGACUGGACGAGAAUGAGACUGAGAGGAUUCCGUGGGUUGGGGAGUGUGAAUAAUGUUAUGGUCGCACCAGUGAGCGUUGGUGACUAGUGUUGAAGAGCGUGGUCUGUGAUUGUUUUGAGGCACAUUGUUCAACAUGAAAGAGGGGAUAGGGACCAAUUAUGUAAAGCUAAGCGAUGGCAAGCUCUGUUGGGAAGGUAAGCGCACUGUGGGUUUAGCGACUGGCCGGUGUUUAACAUCGGUAAAAGGCAUAUCGCCAUCGCAUUUCCGUCGUUAACGCGCGGCCGAUCAGUACAGCUUUUUGAUGAAAAGUAUUAUGUUUUGUGUUGACAUUUGAUAGGGCAUUUCACUUUGGUGUGUAACAGCUGUUUGUCGAAUAUCCGUAACAUAAGUGUCCUGUGAUGCUUGUACCAGCAAAUGAAAUAUAUAUGGGCAACUCGCGUCUCGCGACCUUGUCUUCAAAUAUA